AUGUCAGCAAGCUUAAUUUCAGAUGUAACGGCUACUCUCAGUAGUAUAACACCAGUCUCAACGAAUGAAGCCAUUUCUCAGCAAACUGAAGCGCCAGCCGAAACGUCAGAAAGUAAUACGACUCAGCACUCUUCAGGAGAAGGACGACCAAGCGGAUCACAAGGGACGCCUAACCAGGGAGCCUUCGGGAGAUACAACAAACAGAUGUUGAUAUCGAAUUACCUCAAUAGAGGAAAAGGACCCGUCCAUACAAGCCAAACAUCGUCAGACGCAAACGGAAACAAAGAGACGGUCGAUGACACAAACCCUUCUGCAGGUCAAAACGGUUUAGACACACUCGACCUGAACGCCGGUUACAAGCAAGUCCCAGCGACGAAGGAGGCAGCAUCUAACUCUCAACAGUUAGAAGCAGAAUUCAGAAAUAUGUUUGGAACUUCCGAGAAGUUACCAAAGAUACAAAAGAAAACGCCUGCUACAACAAAGUCCCAAACGAUGGAAGAGUCAGAAUUCACGAAAGCCGUCAACCUGCUAAAUGAUAUCCGCAACGGAAAGCAACCUUCCUCAAGGAUAAAAGAAAUCAUUGAUCUAACAGACAGAGAAGAUACCCCCGUCCCACUAAUCAAUAAAACUUCAAGCUUCACCAAAAGUUUUAAUCUCCCCGAAGCAUCCUUUUCAGAAGGAGGACUCCAAUUCGAUUUCAGCAUCACACCAGACGCAAAUGCACAAUCUUUACCUCUAUUUUUUCAAAAAAACAUGCAGCUUUUACAAGGUCAACUCCCAUUAACCAUUUUCAAUAGAGCUUGGCAGCAAACUGCGAGUGAUAAUCAUGUAGAUUACAAGAAAACAGAGAAGGAAGUAGAAAAGUAUCGUGGACACCCAUUUCCGGGAGAAUGGACUCAAUCAAGAUUCGAAUGGGGUGAGAACAUGGAAAACUUCAUUACCAUGUUAAGGGACGACUACAAAUUCUGUGGAUUUGCUGAUGCAAUGGAAGUACAUAGGAAGAACGUAAUCAAGAUAUUCAAACAACAACGAUCUUGGGUCAUCGCGUUCAAAUACGAUUUGACGAUCAGGAAAGUGGUAUUCGCAGUAAGAAACCCUGAUCAAAAAGUACCAAAUCCAGCACUAGAACCAGAAGGCUUAGUGAAUGAAAUAUUCUAUAACGCAAGAGCGCAAGAUGAUUUAAACACAGAAGAUAACCCUUACCGGAAAGGAGGACCUAAAGCUGGCAAAAAUCCUUAUUCCGACAUCUUGACAGAAUUCCCAACGACAUCACCAUCGCAAACCAGAAAUUUCACAGGCCCUUCCAGAAAUUACUUCGACAGGAAAGAUAAGCCACAAUUUAAAAGCAGCGGACCUUACGGGAAUUAUAAAGGGAGAAAUUUCGAUCCCAAUCAUAGGAAGGUAGCUGAGGUACAGAAAGGGAAAGGAAAAGAAAAAGAGAUGUAG